GGUUUUCCUAAAUUACCCUCCGUCAGCACGUUUAUUUACCAAGGAGGAUCUCUGUUGCACCUACCUCUCCGCCAAUUCGUCCGAGCCAAAGCUGAGGCUGUCGCCGGUUCAGACGGAUGUGGAGUCUCCCGAUAACCAGAUCGUACGGUGUCCCAUCGGUCCACGUGGUUUGACCGUUUCCCUUGUUCUGAAAUCAGGAAAUAUCCGGGUCCCACCUGGGCCCACACACAUGUGGGACUCUCUUGUCUACGAGGCUUUGAUCGACGGUGAUAACACCACGAUCGUGUUUGUGAAGGGACUCAAUCUACGGCCAGCAAAAGUCUACAAUGCUUCAAUAUUCGAGUGCGUCUACGGCUGGGAUUUCAGGAAAUCGCAGCCCUUGAUCAGAUCGCAGGCAAUAUCAACAGCCCAGGAGAUCGUACGGUGCAAAACCCCUCUCAGUGUACUGAACAGUCAACAGAAGGUCAACGGUUCCAUCAAGGUCUCUAUUAGAGUCAAAGGCAGGGGAGUACUGCACUCCGCAGCCCGGCUGGGUCGUCCAAGAGGUCCGAAUCGUAACCCGGUCACCCAAAAACCACAUGAAAUGUGCAUAUGUACCAUGGUAUAUAACCAAGCUAGGUUUUUGAAGGAAUGGGUCAUGUACCAUGCUGGGAUUGGGGUGCAACGUUGGUACAUUUACGACAACAACAGCGAUGACGACAUUGACAGCCUAAUCGAGUCGUUAUUAGAUGCUAAUUACAACAUCUCUAGGCACGUAUGGCCAUGGAUUAAGGCACAAGAGGGGGGGUUUGCGCAUUGUGCCUUGAGAGCUAGGGAUUCUUGUGAUUGGGUCGGGUUCAUCGAUGUAGAUGAAUUCUUCCACUUGAAAUCGGGGUUAAUGUUCCACGACGUGCUAGAGGAUGUAAGUUUAAGGUCCACUAGUGUCAAUUCUCGUACCAAAUUGAGUAAGUAUGGGAAUAUUGGUGAAAUUCGUGUUUCGUGCUAUAGUUUUGGACCAUCGGGGCUAAAACAUGUACCGGAACAGGGGAUAACAGUUGGGUACACAUGCCGGAUGUUAGCACCUGAAAGGCACAAGAGUAUAAUUAGACCAGAGGCGUUGAACUCUAGCUUGAUCAAUGUGGUGCACCAUUUUCACCUAAGGGAUGGAUUUAGGUUCAUGAACAUGUACAAAGGUGUGAUGGUAGUGAACCACUACAAGUACCAAGUGUGGGAAGUGUUCAAGCAGAAGUUUCAUAGAAGAGUGGCAACUUAUGUGGCGGAUUGGCAAGAUGAAAAAAAUGUACGGUCCAAGGAUCGAGCACCAGGUUUGGGAACCAGAGCUAUCGAGCCUCAAGAUUGGUCGAACCGAUUCUGUGAGGUUCGAGACACUGGGCUUAGGGAUAGAGUGUUGCAAAACUUUGUCGACCCUAGAAAUCACCUUCUGCCAUGGCAAGAAGGAUAUGAAGAUUGGGGAGAGGCAGAGAACAAUACUUUGGUAGACUAAAAGGCUAGAAGGAAGAGUAGGAGGAGACAAAACUAUAAUCAGUAGAAUACACAAAAUGUAGUAGUUUUUUGUUUCUCCCUUUUUUUGUUUUAAUCAUGAUGUAAUAAUUAAUGUUGUGCAUC